AUGCGCGCCGGAUUCGUCUUUCCAAUCCUCGCGCCCUCGGUCGCGGCUAUAACGCCGACAGCACGCGCGGAAACGGCCCUCGAAGCGCUGCAGACCUGGUACAACACCACCAGCGGCAUCUGGAAUACCUGCGGCUGGUGGAACGGGGCCAGCUGUAUGACCGUUGUUGCGGACCUGGCGGACGUGGACGACGCGGUGCGCGAGGUUGCGGUCGGGGUCUUUGAGAAUACGUUUUCGGUGGCCCCGAGAUCGAACCCCGCGCCGGGACGCGGGAAUGACACGUACAACGGGGUGAUUAAGCAUCAUCGCCCGCAGCCGGUGAGUCGGCGGCGCGCAGGGGUUGAUGUUUCGCAGUGGCUGGAUGGCGCGUACGACGACGAUGCCUGGUGGGCGUUGGCGUGGAUCGCGGCGUUCGAUGUCACUGGCAGACCGGAGUAUCUUGAUCUUGCGGAGGGAGUGUUCGACGAAUUGAGUAAGGUGUGGCCGUCGAGAUGCGGGGGAGGCAUCUACUGGGACUACACGCAUACAUACGUCAACGCGAUUGCAAACGAGCUGUUUCUCUCGCUCGCAGCACACCUGGCGAAUCGCGCUUCGGACAAGGAGUAUUAUGUUGACUGGGCUCAACGCGAGUGGGACUGGUUCCAAGGCAGCGGGAUGAUCAACGCGAACCACACCAUCAACGACGGGCUGACAGAAAGCUGCGAGAAUAAUGGACAAACCACUUGGACCUAUAAUCAAGGAGUCAUCCUUGGCGGACUAGCCGAGUUAUACCGCGCCUCUCCUAACGCAACAUUCCUGGAGUCAGCAGGGGAGAUUGCUAGAGCGGCUAUUGCGGCGCUGAGUGACUCGGAUGGGGUGAUGCACGAGCCCUGCGAGCCUAGCAGCUGUACAGGCGAUAGUACGCAGUUCAAGGGCAUCUUCAUCCGCAACCUGCGCUUGCUGCACAGCGUGGCCCCAGACGAGGAGUACUCGCGGGUGAUUACAGCGUCAGCGGAUAGUAUCUGGGUGAAUGAUCGCGAUGCGAACAAUCAGAUGGGGGUCAAUUGGGCUGGUCCUAUUGAGCGGGUGGAUGCUUCCUCUCAUAGUUCGGCUACGGAUGCGUUGGUUGCUGCCAUUGGAUUGUCGUAG